AUGACAAAGACAGGAAAGCCAGAGAGUUACUGGAGGGACAUCUGUGCCAAAUAUGCCCAGGGCCUCUACCACUUUUCCACUGGCAAACGGCCAGGGGCCAAAAAAUGGAAGAAAGCCUUGGAGAGGAUCGAUGCUUGCCCCCUGCAGAGCAACACGAAGGAUCUGUUUGGGAGAAGCUUUCAGUGCACCUGCGGGUUCCACAAGCACAUCUGUCAUCAGGCACUGGGUUCAGUGCUGCUGGGUCCAGUGGUGCUGCUGCGUCCAGUGGUCCUGCUGCGUCCAGUGCUGCUGGGUCCAGUCGGGCUGGGACCAGUGCUGCUGCUGGGUCUACUGGUGCUGCUGCGUCCAGUGGGGCUGCUGCGUCCAUCCGAGUCAGCACAGAGGAAGAGGGAGUCCGAGGAGACACAGAGGCAGGAGCAUCAGCUGCAGCACCCGGAGGGCAGUGCUUCCAGUGCAAGCAGCUUGUGGAUGGAGAGCACUUUUCACAGCAUCUGCUUGACCAUCACACGGAGGAGACCUGUGACAGCUGCGGGGCCAAGCACUCAUGAAGCCAUCCCCACAAAAACCAACUGUGUUGCCACCGACACCAGCACCAACACCAUCUCCAACACCAUCUCCAGCACCAUCACCAGCACCAUCUCCGCUCCCCUCAUGCAGUUCUGCCAUGCCACCCCACACUCCGUUCAAAGCACCAUCCAUUAA